AUGGCUGCCACUACUCCAACCCCCAUCGAUCUCCUCUCACCAGAGGUGGAAUGCACUGCCGAGAAGAUCUCGCACCAAGUCACUACCGACGACAAACUACCCUCGGGUAAGGCAUCCGACACGUCAGACCCGAAUCCCGUCGAUCCGUUGCAACAACCCGAUGCCGUCACCGAUAUCCUCGAUGGCUCUACAAACAUCCACUUUGUCAAGCAAAAGAAUGGCCGGUUCAAGCCUCUGCAAGAGGGACGUCUUCGCAACAACCUCAUCUUCAUUGUGGGCUUCCUCGAACUUGGCAACGCUCUCGACUUUGCUGCCAACGUGUGGAACGAGACACCCGUCCCUCUCCAUGCUGUCAUCUUGAUGGCAAUUGGUGGUACAGCUGCUGGUAUUCUCUCCAUCUUUGCAAUCAGGGAUGCCUUGUUCGCAUACUCCAACCUCAAGUUCCUCAAACAGCACCGUCGUCAGCUAAAGUUAGAGCGCCAGACCCUGGUUGACGGCGGCCAGUCGACGCUGGAUGUGGACGUUUUAUUGACGCUCACAUUCCGAGAAAUGACCUCCGAGUUUAUCAACCGCCUCUUCAUGGACAUCUUCAUGGGCGGCGGUGGUGUGCUGAUUUCCAUUGGCACAUACAUGGCCAUUGGCGGCGCAAACCCAUCGGUAUUCAUGGCUAGUAACAUCCUCUCUGGAUACCUGGGUAACGCCCCUAUUGCUCUUUAUGGCCUGGUAAACUUCUUCUGGGCCAUGUAUCUUGCUGCAAAGGCACAGGGUCAUAUUCGAGCCGCAUCCAAGACAAUCUCGGGUACGACCGCCAUGUCUCUGAUCUACAAGCGAAGCCGUCUGCUACAGACCUACUCGCUCAUCAACGGCACAGCAACAAUCUUGGGCGGUGCAGGAUCUCUCAUGACAGCAACCCUGUGGUACGGCUAUGUCAUUUUGAUCCCCGUUGUCAUUUCAUCACCAAUCUGCAACGUGCUGUGGCGCCACAAGCUCGGCUACGAACGAGACUAUACCCGAGCCCAGCUCGACAUCACCACCGAAUCCCUCGUCUCGACCGUUGCCUAUUUCUCCGAAGCCCAGAAACAAAUCGCCAAGGGCCGCCUUGACUUUCUUGGUGAGAGAGGCGACAUUACAUGGCCUGCUAUGCUGGACUUCCUUCACAAGUACGGCAUGCUGGAAGACUACUGCUGCGCUCUUCUCCAAGACGCUCAGCUCGGCCCCCAUUUCUACCAACCCUCCGACACAACAGUAGACAUUUCUCUAUCCCAACUUGGUGGUGUGCCCGAGGAGCUCCAUGCCGACAUGCUUCGCGUGGCUACCAAGCACAUUCGCGACGCUGGCCGUCGCCAUUUUGUACAUGCGCAACGUUUUAAUACAGAGCUGCUGGGCAUUUACCUGCGCCACGUGGAGCUGCAAGACGCAAUCAAGGAAGAUGUGUCUCAGUCCGGUGCAUAA